CAAAAACCUAAAGCGAACGCUAAAGAUGCUAUUGUUCGCCUUAGAGAGACCUUGCAAAUGCUGGAAAAACGAGAAAAUCAUUUGCAAAAUAAGAUCGACAGUGAAAUUAAAAUUGCAAGGUCCAACGCAGGCAAUAACAAAAGAGCUGCUUUGAUGGCUCUUAAGCGAAAAAAACAAUAUGAAAGUCAGAUUGAAAAGAUAAGUGGUGCACGUAUUACAAUCGAAGCGCAAGUUAUGGCAAUUGAAAGCGCAAACGUCAAUCUUGAAACUAUUAGAGCCAUGGAAAGUGGUGCUGAGGCGAUGAAGGCGAUACAUGGGUCUAUGGAUAUAAAUAAAGUAGACGAUACAAUGGACUCUAUACGUGAACAGAUGGAUUUGGCCGAUGAAAUUUCAAAUGCGAUUUCUGCACCCAUGAUUGGUGUCGAUUUAGAUGAU